AUUUGCAGCUUGUGGGAGGGAUCUAGAUCCCUGGCCAGGGAUCGAACCUGGCCCCUCUGUGUUGGGAGCACAGAGUCUUAGCUACUGAGGGAAGUCCCCUGAUGGUUGAAGUUUUAAUUAUAAUAUUUAGAGAGAAUCCGUACUUAUAUUGCUAUUUUGACAUUUUUUACAUCAAGCUGAGUUGUGCUUGAAGGGGCUUAUGGUCAGGUAUAUCAGUAAGAAUAAAAGAUAUCAGAUUUCAAACUUUAUUUAGUAAUAUAAGUAUUAUAAAGGACUGAGAGGCAAAAAUCAUACCUCCUUUUCCCACAUACUUCUCUUCCAAUUAUAUCCUAUGUAAACUCUCCUGCCUACUCCACUCUAUCCCAAGAUGCAGGCUUGUGUCCGCAAAACCUGUGGUUUCCUAGCUCCACCCCAGAGAGACAUGGAGAUUCCUAUUGAGUCAGCCUGGCAAGUGGAGGGUGGGCAAGGUUUCUGAGACUUGGGGGGGGAAGGUGGGGGAAGAGAAAAGAAACACAACAUCCUCUGGUGGUCCAGUGAUAAAGAGACUGCGCUUCCAGUGCAGGUGGCAAGGCUUCCCUUGUUGGGGAAGUUCCUCAUGACUUGUGGCCAAAGGCAAGAAAAAGAGGAAGAGUCAGCAGUGUGCUUACCUUCCAAGUCAAAGUGGUACUUGCUUCUGCUGUCACUGCUCAGUGAAAGAUGGUUUGGACUGUGCAGUCAAGAAUGUAGGCAGGAAGCAGGGCUGAGGUGUAGAGGGCCCGACAGCUCUAAGGAGGCAGUCUCUAAAGGGAUAGCCUUAGGUGAGGGUAGACACCAAGUGGGAGGGAAAGAUGGGGUUUCCCAACCUUGGAGGCUUUAGUUCACUGAACAGAGUCCCCUCACCCCUUACCCUCCCUGUUAGGUUUCCUGAAAGCCCCUUGGCACUCCCUGUCAACUGCAUUUGGAUAAGAAAAUGCUACUCUUUGAGCACAGCCUCCAACUCUUUUGAGCAUCAAUGGGCAAACCACUAGUGGGGGAGCUGAGUCAUGGGCACAUGCUGUAGGCCUGGGAAGUGAGGGGGACCCCACUCCCUGGGUGAUGACGUAAUCUUCCAGACCCCUAUACCUACACUUGGGGUUCCUCCUUUGUGGCUUCUCCCACUUAUUCCACAUCCUCAGAGAGUAUUUCUGUGUGGGAGGAAGGAUGUUUUCCCUCCAUAUACAUACACAUCAAGGAUUGGUGUUUUUCGUGUCCAAGUCAAGGGUCUUUUAUAUGGGUAUUUCAUGGGUCCCUGGGUGUGGUGGUGUGAGGAGUUAGAAAGCUUAGAAAUGGAAAAUAUUUAACGACCAGAGUAGCAAAUGAAUACAACUUCCCCAUUUGCAUUUUCCCUUUCACUCUGACUCAUCUUCCCCUCUCCCCACACUAUUAUUGCUCCUCCACUGGCCCCACCCAUUGGCACACCCUGUCUGAUCUAGGAAGGGAUAACAUCUGCUUGGACCCAAGCUAGAAUGAGAGGUAGAAUGAAGGUAUGUUAGGUCUCAACAGAGAGUAGAAGGGUGGUCUGGACAUUUGGAGGUCCUGAAGCCAAAAGGUGAAACAGGAGUUUGAGAGACAUAAUAUUUGAGUCUAGGAGGGAAUCAGACUCUAGCAUCUAGUAGAGAAGCCUUGGGGAAAGCAGACUGGGUCUUGUCAUCAGACCAGCCUACCAGUGCCUGACUUGUUACUCUUCUAGUUAUUUAUUAGGCAUAUGUCAAGCACAUAUCGUAAGCUAUCUAGCAAUACCUGUUCUAUGCAUGAAAAAUCUGCAAGAAAUAAUAAACAAAAAGAAAUGUGAGUCUCUCAGACCUCAUCUUUUCCCCAGGUUAAGGAGUGCUAAACUGCGAAAAGAGGGCAAAUCUCCGAGGGCCUUCAUCCCCUGGGCAGGAAGUCAAAGAAACCCCGCAAGUCCUGAUUUCAGAGAAAUGUCAUUUCUCAUCAGCCCAAGAAAAGUUUUUCUCUUUGGAGACCACCGCAGGCCCUUCCUGGGGUUGCCCCCUUCAGAGUGUGAUGGGAGGAUCUGAGUCACUCACAUACCCUGUCCCCAGCGAUGGCCCAGAUGGCCUGGGUCAUUCCCACAGAGGAGUGGAAGCUUCCCAGUACCAAGUCAGAGAGAGGGAGGAGGAGGCAUGCUUUUGGCCCUCUUGCGCUCUCUUCUUAGAAUCCAGAUGUUUCAGUCCUUUUUACUUUUGAGGUAGUAUAAAGAGCUUCCAGCUGCUAGAGCUCUACUGACACCUCUAAGAAACAAAACUAAUACUAUUUGAAUGAUGCUAUGUACUGAGAAACCACUUUCACAUACAUCAUGUCAUUUCAUCUUCACCCCACCUCAUAAUGAGGUAGGCAGAGCUUAUCCCUAUUUCACAGAUGAGGUAACUGAGGCUCAAAGAGGUGACUUGCCCAAGGUGGCUCAACUAGCAGAUGGCAGAGAUGAGAGUCAAAUGCAGGUCUGAUUAUCCCAAAGUUCUUAUUGCUUCAGAUAUACUUCUCUGACUCCAGAAAUUCAAAGAUGAAAUAAGACCAGAGGUCAGGAGGCAGAAUGCUUGAGUUCUGGAAGGAGAGGAGUGGUCUCUCCUGGAGGGGUGAAGCUCAGCCAGGGGUGUAAGACCACACCCCUUGGGGGACUGUGGCAGACUGAUACUUGGGACACCCAAUGGAAGACUGUGAAGUCAGGGGCGGGGCUAGCUCCAGAGUAGGGGGGCCAGGAGCCCCAGCAGCAGUUCAGAGCAUGCGGUGUCCAGGAGGAAGCUACAACCGGUGAGUGGUUGCUUCUCCCCAACUGAGACUUUCCUCCCAUUACAUUCCUCUUUCUGUCCACUUCCUGCCAGCCUGUAGCCCUCCCUGUGAGGUGUCCAAGUAGUAAUUCCUCCCUCUACGGGAUCUGUACUCAGGGUGAGCCUACACUUAGGAAUAUGCCUGCUGGGCUCUGGGACACUUAGGUCUGUCUCUCUGUAUCUGGGUUCCCAGUUCUCUUCUUAAAAGCCAAGGUGGUGGUUUUGAUGUGUGACAAACUUCUGCCUUGUUGGGUUCUGUCUUUCUAAUCUUCACUUUUGGCUUAUGAAAAACAAAAUUGAACUGUCUCCUUAUCCUUAUCUUGAGAGGAAACAGCCUCUCCCUCCAUAGUUUCCAUUUCCCUUUCGCCUGCUUCCUCCAAGGUCAAAGCCUUUUCCGACAUCUCUCCAUCCCUGGGUGAGGAGCCUUCUCUCCUGUGGGUUCCAACCUGCUCUCUUUAUCUCACUGCAUGGGAGCUUUCGGUCACUUCCAGUUCUUUCUCUGAGGAUGGUUUCUAGAAGUUUCAUCCUGAGGGAGAUGAUCAGUUGAUGCCUUGAGCCUGCUUUCUGCAGCUAUGACCCCAUCUUGCUGCCCUUUUUUCCUCUCAGGACCCUCAGCCCCACAUGACAGGCUUGCAGGAGGAGGACACACUGGCUUUCUAAACUCCCAUGAAACUGUGUCUGGCUCCACCCCUAACUUACAGGGCUGACUGGGUUUUGUGGUGAUCCUGUCUGGAAUGAGAGCCGGGGCCUGUUCGGGGGUCUUUCCCUGCAAAGGAGCUUGGAGAAGCAGAAAUAUCAGUGUCUGCUCUCCUUUAAGUCAGACAUUGCCAACUGGCAGGACCCAUCUAUCCACUACUUGAGAUAGCUCUUCAAUGUGCGAUCCUUGCUCUUUAAGUCCUGAAUUUGGUCUAAUUUCCAUUCUCUCACCACCUCAACCCCUGCUAUAUUCUGAACAGCCUCGGGUUUUCUCUUGGGUCAUUUUUUCUGCUCCAUUCAGGACAGAGAGCUGAUUCAAAUCCAGCAACUCACUCUUUCUUCCCUCACCUCCACAGGCUUGAAUAUGCAGUUCCUCCCUCCCCUUUUCACCACGGACCCUACACUGUGGCCUUUCUCUCAGAACCUCUGAGAUUGGUACCAAGGCAAGGCACAAUGCCCCUGUCUCCAACAAGACUGCCUAGUCCCUAUGCUUCUGAUCGGCUGGUACGGCUAGCAGCCAGGCUCCGGCCAGCACUAUGUGAUACCCUGAUCACAGUGGGGAGCCAGGAGUUCCCUGCCCACAGCCUGGUCCUGGCAGGUGUGAGCCAGCAACUGGGUCGCAGGGGCCGCUGGGCUGUGGUGAAAGGCAUCAGCCCUUCCACCUUUGCCCAACUUCUGCACUUUGUUUACGGGGAGAGUCUAGAGCUGCAUCCUGGGGAACUGGGGCCCCUUGAGGAGGCAGCCAGAACACUGGGGGUGCAGUCCCUGGAAGAGGCAUGCAUUAGGGCUCGAAGGGACAUGGCUAGAGAAGAGCUGGGUCCAGGGCUGAAGAACCAACAGGAGGAGCUAGAGAAACCCACAAGGGACUCGAUGAGAGGCGUGGGGGCCUUUGGGGAGAAGCAGAGACCAGAGAAGUUUGUUAGAGCUGGUGGGAAAGAGCAGGAGACGUUGCACAGGCCACGGCUGCCAAGAGAGAGCCCUGACAUGGCAGAGGCAACCCUGGAGGGUCGAGGGGAGCAGAUGAGACCAAAGGAGCAACUCCACCAAGCCCUUGUUGGCCAUGGCAGAGCCGGUGGGAAGCAAGAAGUAAUCAUGUGGUUGAGGGACAGUGCAAAGGGCUCUGAGGAAAGUCUGCGGGAGUUCCCUGGCCCCCUUCCCCCAGCAGGUUCCUUCCAAACUGGCAUCACCCCCAGCCCUUGGUGGGCUGAGGCCCCUUGGAUGGGGGAGGGCCAGCCUGCCCUGUGGAGCAUCCUUCUGUUGCCACCUAGAUAUGGCACUCCCUUCUCCCAUAGCAUCCCUAUGACUGGAGCCUGGCAAGAGGUCUGGCCUCGGGACCAGAGGAUCCCACUGUCCCUAAACCUCCACAAAGGCCUUUGGAGCCAGAACCAGCUGGCCUCCUCCAGCCCCACCCCAGGUAAGCCCCUCACUGCCUGGCAUGCACCCUGUAACGUGGUCUCGAGGCUGGGACUGAGGCCAGGGCUCCAGGAGUCCAGCUUGAGCAGGGCACCUGCUUCACUCUGUUCCCUCCAGGUUCCCUCCCCCAGGGCCCCACACAGCUCAGCCCUGGGGAGCCGGAAGAGUCUGAUCAGAGGCACACAGGUGAGCAGAGUGAGGGUGCUUUUGCCUCAGCGCCACUAUGGCCCCAGCUUGAGUGUUCCAGUGACCCGGCUCUGGGAAUCCCAGCCCUGCCCUCCUUUGCCUUUUGUUCCCACAGGUAAACUAGCAACCUGUGUGAGUCAGGUCGGCACCGCAAGCCGUCCAUCUCACCCACACCCUCCCCCACCCACUCCUGCUCGGUCUCGGCCCUAUUCUUGUUCUGUCUGUGGGAAGAGGUUUUCACUCAAACAUCAGAUGGAGACGCACCACCGUGUCCACACAGGUAUGGGCGUCCUGCCCUGUGCAAACUGCUUCCUUCCAAACUCCAGUGGGCUCGCUCCUAAGUCCCUGAGUGCCGUGCUCCCGAGCAACAACCUUGCCCAGCUGCCCCUACCUACCCCUAGGCGAGUCUUCACGCCCCCUUUCUUCCUUCAUGAGCCUUCCCCUCCACCUUCCCUAGGAGAGAAGCCCUUCUCCUGUAGCCUGUGUCCCCAGCGCUCCCGGGACUUCUCAGCCAUGACCAAGCACCUGCGGACGCAUGGGGCCGCACCCUACCGCUGCCCUCUGUGCCAGGCCGGCUGCCCCAGCCUGGCCUCCAUGCAGGCGCACAUGCGCGGCCACUCGCCCAGUCAGCUCCCGCCGGGAUGGACCAUUCGCUCCACCUUCCUCUACUCCUCCUCCUCGAGGCCAUCUAGGGCCUCGACCUCUCCCAGUAGGCCCUCUUCCUCCACCACCUGACGGGGCGUCAGUAACUUCUUUGGCUUCAGCCAAGCUUACAAUUAAAGAAUGAAAGACGGGCCGGCGAGCAGGCUUCUGAUUCCGCACCGCGGCUGCGGCAGCCUAGCAAACUCGGCUCCAAGAAGCACCGCGGGAAGGGAGCCAGGAGCCCUCUCCCAGACGGCCUCGGGCCGCGGACCUGGGCCAGAGAGCCCCUGUGCGGUGAGGGCAGUGAAGUUUGCACGAGUGACGGUUAACUGUGCGAGGACUGGCGAUUCAUCACCAAAAUAAAGCUUCCUGUGCUCUCCUCUCGGGACCAGAAA